AUGGCUGCUUCACUAUCUUCGUGCGUUUCAUCGUUACAGUCCUCUCUUCAUAUCUUGGACAACUCUAUUACCACCCUUGAUUCGGGCGUGAACGACUUUCCACGACUAUGUAAAGUCCUCCAAACAACUCGACAUUUCGAACUCCUCCCCGAGCCAACGUUACGCGAAGCACAGCAAUCUCUCCUCGACGAAAUCACCCCUAGCAUAGCCCACCUCCUCACACUAUCCACAAACCACGUUGAAAAGCUCGCGCGCCGCGAACAAGGCCUCAAGGCAAAAUGCGACCUGCAAGAAGGCCGUCUUUCCUCCAAUCCUGAGAGUCGAUCAUCAGCAACUCGCCAAACCCAAAGCAAUGCACUGCGGGGUUGCAUGGCGGGGUCUGGGUCGAAUAACGCAGCCAAAGCGGCCGAGCUGAGACGCCUCCAGCAGAAGAAAGAGCGGCUCAAGUUUGCGGUUGAUCGAUUGGAGCUGCAGAGUACACAGAAGCAGAGGCAGUUGAGGAAGAGUAUGGCUGCGCAGUGA